AUGUCCGUCGAGCUCGACCCCGUAGAGCUUGGUUUCAAGCGACCCUUCCAGCACGAGGUGUCGCAGACCCUCCGCUUGAAGAACCCGCACUCUGACCCCAUUGCUUUCAAGGAAGACCCACCGCCAGAUGCGAAGUGCCGCGACAAGUUCCUCGUGCAAUCUGUCCUCGUCACCGCUGACAAGGAGUUCACCAACGUCGGGUCUUUGUGGUCGCACAUCGAGCAGACCGCCAAGUCUUCCAUCCAAGAGAAGAAGAUCAGAGUCCUCUUCCUCGCACCCGACGAUGCCUCCAGCGCAACUCCUGCGAGAACCAACGGUGUUAGCCGCGAUUCGAUGCUUUCCUCUCCAUCCCCCGAGGCCGUGACUCCUCAGCGCGGCGUAUCGGACGCUUCUGGGCCUGUCUCCGUUCCCUCGGAGCGCCCAUCGGGAAGCAAAGACUUGGGCGAGAUCAGGAAUGAGACCUACAACCCCGCAUCAAGUGGUAAUAUGGGGUCGAGCUUCAGCUCUGCUGCUGGAACUGUCGCUAGUGCCAUGCCAUCUUCAAGCGACGUCGAGGCCCAGCUUGCUGAAGCCAAGGCCCAGAUUGCGCGAUUGACACAGCAGGUCAGCGAGGCCACUGGUCUUCGCCAGCGAAAGACAGGAUCCGCCCAGGACUCGAAGCAGGGAGUUUCGACCUCCAUGGACACACGGCAAGCUCCCGCAGGCGGCGUAUCUGUCCAGAUCACCGCCCUUCUAUGCCUCAUCAGCUUCCUGAUUGCUUAUUUCCUCUUCUGA